UUAACGUAUUGAACGACGGUCACACUCUUCAGCUGGGAGCCAUUCGUUUUGUAAAAAAACAGAAUAACUAAACAAAUCCAAUGGCCGGACGCGAAGCCGUGAAGCGAGCCGUGCAGCAGGUGCGACCCAUCCUGUCCGUGGACCGGGAGGAGGCACGCAAGCGCGCCCUGAACCUGUACAAGGCCUGGUACCGCCAGAUCCCCUACAUUGUCAUGGACUACGACAUUCCCAUGACCGUGGAGCAGUGCCGGGACAAGUUGCGCGAGGAGUUCGUGAAGCAUCGCAAUGUGACUGACAUCCGGGUGAUCGACAUGUUGGUCAUCAAGGGCCAGAUGGAGCUGAAGGAAUCCGUGGAGAUCUGGAAGCAAAAGGGUCACAUCAUGCGCUACUGGAAGGAAUCACAGGAACCCAAGCCCACAGACUUCCUCUCAAAAUUCAUCCAGGGCGUUAACUAGUUAUUGCAAUUCAAAUAGUUUAAAAUACAAAAUCCUCCUUCAGAGUAUAAA